CAGGUCAAGGGACAUCCCCGACGACCGCACCCGAACGGUGCUGGCAUGCCCGCGCAGAAAAGAGACUGUUGACCAGCUGCAACAAAACUGGAGCCAAACAGGGUCGUUGCCAGAUUUGGCACGUUUUUCAAAAUUAAGAGUGUUAGAGCUUAGCUCGAAUCAAUUAAAUGGGUCUGUAUCCGAGAGUGUAGGGCAACUCUCUAGCCUUGAAUUUUUAUCUCUCUCCGGGAAUUCUUUGACCGGUGUCAUAACAGAAUCCCACUUUCUGAACCUCUCUCGUGUACAGGAUUUGCGUCUUUUUGGUAAUCGUUUCUUUAUCAACCUAAGCUCUGAUUGGAAUCCACCUUUUCAACUUGAUUGGUUAGACAUGUCCUCUUGUAAGGUGGGCCCAACUUUUCCGGAGUGGAUUCUAACGCAAACAAGUCUUACCGGUCUUUAUCUCUCUAAUGCUGGACUAUCAGGAUCAUUACCUAUCAAAGUUUGGGAUCUAUUUUCUAGCAUAUCUACGUUAGAUCUCUCCAUGAACCAAAUCCAUGGGAAACUGCCAAAUCUGUCAAGAACUAGCUUGAUUUCUGUUGACUUGUCUUCCAAUAUAUUUUCUGGUGCAUUGCCAUCAAUAUCUCCGAUGCUCCAGGAGUUGGAUCUCUGGAACAACAUGUUUUCUGGGCCUUUGUCUUCCUUCUGUGCAAUACUGCACUCUCCAAGGAUGUCUUAUCUCGACUUUUCUGAGAACCUACUGUCAGGGGAGCUUCCUAAUUGUUUCAUGCAAUUUCGAGACUUGGAAAUGUUGAAUCUAGGAAAGAAUAAAUUAUUUGGGACAAUACCAAGCUGGUUAGGCAAUCUAAACAGAAUUCGGCUGUUGCGUUUACAUGGAAACAACUUUUCAGGAGAAGUGCCUUCUUUAGAAAACUGUACAGAUUUAGCAGUUGUUGACCUUGGGGAUAAUAACCUCUCUGGUCAAAUACCAACAUGGAUGGGGCAAAGCCUAACAAAUUUGGCGAUUUUACGCUUACGGUCCAAUGAGUUUAAUGGAAUCAUACCCUUCUCCCUGUGCCGUCUAGCUACCAUUCAUGUCUUGGACCUCUCUCACAACAAUAUUUCCGGAGGCUUGCCACAUUGCUUUAAUAACAUAACCGCUUUGGCUGAUGAUUAUAUUAGUGAAUCUAUCAUUUUAGAACUCGUGUGGAAGGGAAUAGAAAUCGAGUUUGGGGAAAAUCUUGCUGGUAUGAGAAGCAUUGACAUGUCAAGAAACUAUUUGGUGGGGGAAAUUCCGCAGAGUAUAGCAAGUAUGACAGAGUUGAUUUCACUGAAUCUGUCAAGAAACUAUUUGACAGGAAACCUUCCCGAAAACUUUGGUAACAUGAAGAUGUUGGAAUCUCUUGAUUUGUCAAGAAACCAGAUAUCUGGGAAAAUUCCAGCAAGUUUUUUGAGACUAAACUUUCUCGGAGUCUUAGACGUAUCACACAACCACUUGUCAGGAAGAAUUCCGCUAGGCACCCAACUUCAGAGUUUUAAUGAUUCUGCAUAUAUUGGAAAUCUUGGACUUUGUGGACCACCACUGACACAAAUUUGCCCAGGAGAUGGAAUAACUCAAGAUGAUGGAAUCAUGAGAGGCAGUGAAACUGAUAACAAGGAACAUGAUAAUGAUGGUCUCAUAAACCUGGGAUUCUUUAUCAGUAGAUUCAGUACAGUAUUGGGAUUUGUCAGUGGAUUCUGGAUAGUCUGUGGCAGUUUACUACUGAAGAGCUCUUGGAGAUACGCCUAUUUCAAAUUCUUGGAUGAUUCAAAAGAUUUGAUUUAUGUCAAAAUGGCUGUGGCUAAGGGAAAAUUGCAGAGGAGCCUUCAAAGAUAAAUGGAGAUUCUGGAAAUAUUGAGGAAAAUGAGCCUAAUUAUCCAGGAAGUGGAAGAAUUCAAGGCUUAAUGUGGAAGGUUUUCAGAUGUCUUUGCUUUCUAUUUCAGCAAGAAAUGAAUAUUAUGCUUGUUGCUCUUGAGAAACGUGUAUGGAUUGUAUGUAAUAUGGGCUGGUAUAUAUAAGCCCCUUCGAUUCCAUGAAACAAAACUCUGUUUAGCUUCCUCGUCUUUUUUUGGCUGUGAUUUAAACCUAGCUUUCUCAAUUAACUCAAAAAUAACUAGCUGCUAUUACUGUUUCAUUCCACAACAUGUGAAUUAAUCUGUUCCAAUCUAACUCGAUCAUGUUUCUGUUAUUCAA